CACACACACACACACUCGCUAAUGGUAAUGGCCAUCAAAAAAACUUGUCCAAUUCGUUAUGGUUGCUGUUCGAAUCGGUUCGAAACUUGCCAAUGUCAGACAGCAGUGUUUUUGUGUGCACAUUCAAACAUCCAUUCGUCCAGUAUUAUUGAUUCGAACGGAAUAUGAUCAAUAUCCUUGAAUCUGUAUUGAUUUUCACCAUUUUAGCCACAAUCGUUUGGGCUAAAUCAAUUGAUAAUCUUCAAGUGUUGGGUGAUUUUCGUUCAAUCAAGUUGAAAUGGAAUUAUUACGACAGACAUUCGAAUCACGAUGCUGGUGGUCCUAGAUUCAAAAUCAGGUAUCGUGUCGUUGUUGUUGUUGUUGUUGUUGGGAAAAAAUUCUUUCCCAUAAAAUUUUCAUUUUUUUCUCCUUUUCAUUCCGACAGAUAUUGUGAAUUGAACAACUGGCAAAUGAAAAGUCGAUGUAAAGAUCGAAUUGUUAAAGCAACGAAUAUGACGACAGGAAAUGAUGACAAACAUAACGACCACUACCAUGAUGAUCCAGCCACAAACGAUGAUGUUAUCAUUGAUUUAAAACGAACCAAUAAUGAACACUAUGAAGCUUCAAUCAACAGUCUACGUGUGCAUACAAAUUAUUCGGUUCUGGUCCAAGUAAUCAACGACCGAUUCGGCCAUCAGAACACCAACGACGAUCACGAUGAUGGUGAUGACGGUGACCUCAUCAAAACAAAAAGCGAUGCCAUCUUGGUGUCUACUAAAAGCUUUAUGGCCCGUACUUUACGAUGUUUGGCCAACAUCUCAGAGAUUCAAGUAUUCACUGGACCAUACUUUGGUGGCCGUAUCUCAGUCGAAGGAACAGAUAAUCCAGCCUGUUUGAUCAACGGUGAUCGAACUAAUCCGAAAGAUAGCUACAAUUUCACCAUUAGUCAUGAACUUUGCAAAAGUAAAACAGUUGAUAACGUUCGAAUCGAGACGAUGGUCAUGGUGAAUGAAAAUCGAGAAAUCCUCACACAUAACUCUCGUCGUUAUCUGGUCAUCUGUGGCUUUGACCCGGAUAAAUAUACGCUAACGGCAUCGGUUGCUGUGCCGAGUUUUUUGCUGAAAAAAUAUUCAGAUCGAAUCCGCGAGAAACCGUCAUCGCUUGCCAUAACGAAUGAUGCAGUAAAAUUUGAUUGGCCCGUAUUGGAUAAACGCGAAAACCCCAAAGGACGUUAUCCAGUCUACAUUGAACGUAAUCCGUUGAUGAUUAACAAAACAAUUAGAUUGUAAAAUGUAAUAUUUUUUCAAACCUAAAUAUUGAUGUAUUAAAUUCAUUGAUUGAUAACAAUCUGA